AAACUUUUUACCAGUUUUGGUGGAAAGCAGUUUAGUUAUCACAAGAUCAACAGUCGAAAAUAAAGUGACUUUUGUCAAAAAAGUAAAGUGACUUACUGAUUUUAUAUCUUCGGGGUACAAAAACAUAUAGGUUAAAAGUCACCAAAAGUAUGCAACGUAUUAGUUGGAUUUGAAUCGGAUGGUCCAUAUAAAGGGGAGAAAGAAGAAUCUGGGUGUCCUCUUUGGUCCACAUAUAAGCAACGUCCAAUUGAACGCAUACUGAUGUACUAAUCAAAUAGAUGCACAUGUUCACGCAAGCGACACAUAUACUUGUCUCUAUUAGAUCCACUGGCUCAAAAAAAAAUUCACAAUAUUACUCCACAAGACUCAUAUAUGGAUUUGUAAACAUGAUUGUUAGAUAUCCAUAUAUGAAGUGAGAUGGCAUCUAGAAUAAUAUGCAAAAUAUAUGAUACGGUUUUAGGUCCAAAUAUAGUCAUCUGAUGAUUGUAGUUUGUUCAUUUUCAGAAAACAUAUCAGUGCUUAUUUUUCUGUGGGAAGUUAUUGUAUAGAAUUUGUGGGUAUAGUAGCUAGCUCUAGGUUUAGUCAGAUUGAAAUAGUUAGGUUUACUAAUUAAAGCGUUAAAAGCUGCAAUCAAUCAUGCUCGUAUCACAAUCCAAACUAUAAUAAAAUCAAACCUGCAAAAAUGGUGAAUAUGACUAAAUCUAUUUUUGUUAGGUUAGAUUUCGAUGUAGUUCGCUUAAUCGUGAAACCAUAUCAACUAAGAGUUGUAAACUUGUAAUCUCUAAUGUGUCGACUGUUUUGAAAAGUUCAUUAGUAGCUAAAUAUCAGUUUCGCUUUUCAAGCAUCAAGAGUUUGUUUUUGUGCAGGCCUCGAUGGGCCUAAAUCAUGGUUCCAUCACAGCCCAUUUCAGAGGCGGCUGAUAACUGAUAAUUGAUUGAGAGAAAGUCUGUUACCGGAAACAACGGACGGUCCCAUGUUCUCUAUGUUCGGUUUCGUACGCCGAGUACGUCUGCUUCUGAUUAUGUCAUCUCACAUAUCUUUUCUUCCUUACUAUUUAUUUAGUUAUACCCAAGUAACUUAUGAGAUAAAUACACUAACAAUCUAUAUUAAAUAUAUAUAUAUACGCUAACAAAAAAAAGCAAAUACAUUAACAAAGAAAAAUUUAAGAAUCUAUAUGAUUGAUUCAAGUGUGCAACAAACUUCAUUUCUUUUAUUCGUAAUUACUCUAACGUUGAGCUUAAGACUGAUACGAUAAUUCAGGAUUAAAAUAAAGUGAAAUUCAAUUGUAGAUUGAAACGAAAGGGUCCAUGUCGUAUAAGCCGUUAGGAUAGUUAAGCGCCAAACAGAAUUGCAUGUGAGUUUUUUUCAUCAUACAUAACUUUAUAAACGGAAUUCCUGGAAAAUAAGACUGAUGUUAUUACGUAAGCUUCUUCGCUCAUAAGAGAAGUGAUACUACUUAUGCACUGGUGAACUCCCUAUAUAAGUAACGUCUUGAACGAACUAGCAACAUAUCACUCAACUUACUUUUCCACUUCUUUCCUCACAAUCUUUUUCCCCAGCAAAAUAAUGAAUUUUACCGAAUAUGCUCGUGUUUUAGUUAUUUCACUAUGCACCCUCAACUUCUGCUUCUACCGCAUAAACUCCUACGACAACGGGGGCUGGGAGAGGGGUCACGCCACUUUCUAUGGCGGAGCUGAUGCAUCCGGCACUAUGGGAGGUGCGUGUGGGUACGGUAACUUGUACAGCCAAGGCUAUGGACUACAAACCGCAGCGCUGAGCACGGCUUUGUUCAGAAGCGGUCAGAGGUGUGGGGCCUGUUUUGAGCUACGUUGUGUGGACGAUCCUCAGUGGUGCCUCGCUGGUUCCAUCAUCGUCUCGGCUACAAACUUCUGUCCACCAAACUAUGCCUUAGCCAACGAUAAUGGUGGUUGGUGCAACCCUCCCCUUCAGCACUUUGACUUGGCCCAGCCUGCCUUUCUCCAGAUCGCUCAGUACCGAGCUGGGAUCGUUCCCGUCGCAUUCAGGAGGGUUCCAUGUGAGAAACCUGGAGGGAUAAGGUUUACUAUAAACGGGAACUCGUACUUUGAUCUGGUGCUGAUCACAAACGUGGGUGGUGCUGGAGAUGUUAUGUCCGUAGCUUUGAAAGGAUCAAAGACUAAUAAGUGGCAAUCCAUGUCGAGAAACUGGGGACAAAACUGGCAAAGCAACAGUUACCUCAGAGGCCAAAGCCUCUCUUUUCAAGUCACUACGAGCGAUGGUAGGAGUGUUGUGAGCUACGAUGUUGUGCCUAAGGAUUGGCAGUUUGGUCAAACUUUUGAAGGAGGACAAUUCUAGAUUCCGUAUGAAGAGAAAAAUAAUAGAUAUAUACACACAAGAAGAAUCAAAUGAU